AUGGCCUGCAGGAGCGGCUGCUGCUGCGGCUCCGGUCCAAUAAACGAGGACAACGCGAGGUUCCUGCUGCUGGCAUUGUUCAUCAUCAUCUAUCUCCUCUGCGGGGCCGCAGUGUUCUCCGCGCUGGAGCAGCCGAAGGAGCGCGAGGCGAAGGAGCGCUGGGCGCAGAGGUUCGAGCACUUCAGCCAGAAGUACAACCUCAGCAAGAAGGACCUCAACAACUUCCUGAGGAACUACGAGGAGGCGAACGUGGCGGGGAUCCGCGUGGACACGAUCAGACCUCGAUGGGACUUCACCGGAGCGUUUUACUUCGUGGGAACUGUGGUGUCAACCAUUGGGUUUGGGAUGACCACUCCGGCCACCAUCGGAGGAAAAGUCUUCCUGAUGUUUUACGGCCUGCUCGGCUGCGCGGCCACGAUCCUCUUCUUCAACCUCUUUCUGGAGCGUGUCAUCACCGUCAUCGCCGUCGUCCUCAAGUCCUGUUACGAACGGCGCCAUAACAAAGCUGUGCUGCCGCCAAACGGCCGGCGGGUUUCUGAGGGGAACAGAGCCGGGGAGAGUGGCCGAGGAAAAGGAGAGGACCUGGCCGGCUGGAAGCCUUCGGUGUACUGCGUCAUGCUCAUUCUGGGAGCGGCCGCCAUCUUGGUGUCCUGCUGCGCCUCGCUCAUGUACUCGGCCGCCGAGGGCUGGGGCUACCUGGACUCGCUGUACUUCUGCUUCGUGGCCUUCAGCACCAUCGGUUUUGGGGACAUGGUGAGCAGCCAGCGGGUGGUCUACGAGGGCCACGCCACGGUGGCGUAUCGGCUCGGCAACUUCCUCUUCAUCCUGACGGGCGUCUGCUGCAUCUACUCGCUCUUCAACGUCAUCUCCAUCGUCAUCAAGCAGGUCCUCAACUGGCUGCUGAGGAGGCUGGAGGCGCCCUGCCGCUGCUGUUUCCCCAGGAGGGGUCACCACCCGCACCGGCACCCCCGCAGGAACGUGGUGGCCCCGGGACACCUGCGCGCCCGCAGGGACCCCUCCAUCGAGACUGACGCCAUCAACGAGAGCGAGACUGACACCGGGCGCAGGAUGUCGGGGGAGAUGAUCUCCAUGAGGGACUUCCUGGCAGCCAAUAAGGUGAAUCUGGCCAUUAUGCAGAAGCAGCUUUCGGAGAUGGCCAUUGGGCACCCGCGCCAGUCCAGCUCCAGUUCACGUCAGAACGGGUUCUCAGGAGGGGUUGGCGCCCUUGGCAUCAUGAACAACCGGCUGGCAGAGACAAGCGUGGACAGAUAGGGGGGAAACAGCGUGGAUCCUUUUCAAAGGACACAAAAGGCUGAGAGGAUGAGACGAGGAGGGACACAGAGGACGGCCCUCCACGGGUGGUCUACGAGACUGAACUCAUGUAAUUCAUCUUUUUCCGCCCCCAGCAGCCUCCAUCUCAGCACACUUUCCCGUCAAGAACACGGCUCCAUGAAUGAUGCAUGAUAGUUUACUGGAGUCUCACAUCUGGACGGUGCUCAGCGUGCUGGCAUGUUCCCCCCGUGAGGAAUGCAGUUUCCAUGGUGAUAAAAAAGCCUGCCUAGAGCUCUUGUAUCUAAGCCUUAAAAACAUGAUGCACUACACGCCACUUCACACCUAACCGCAACUUCCACUCGUCUAUAGUACUUCAUAGUCCUCACCGUGGAUCUGCCCUCGUCCAUACUGUGUCUGACAUAAAGAUAGCUUUAAUAAAAUGGGCGUUUCACACUUUUGUGUCUGACAGAAGUUAUUAUGUAAAGCUGGUCAAUUUAUGGAUAACUGGAUCUUUUCCUUUAAUGGAAUAAUACAGAUUUUUUUAAGUGGGGUUGUACGUGGUACUCAUCUACAUUCAGGGUGUUACAUACAAUAGAUGUUUAGAGAAGCAAGCUGGAGUCUGACACGGAGAGUUUUCUGCUGUGGACGGGGCUGAGCCAUGUUUUAGUGAGUUAUCAAAUUACACAAAGGGGGGCUUUUCCGCUAUGAUUGACAGCUGUGACAGCCAAUCCAUGCAUUUCCAUUUAAUGGAACUGCUCACGAUUAGUCAGACGGGUGUUUCGGCGGAAACUCCCCCACCGCGAAUAUCGCUACUGCCAAAGUACCAGCAUCAGGUUGAAACGCUUCUGGUAUCGACGUGAUAUAAGAAGAACAAAUAGGGCGAGCCGGAGAGGGGUAGUGGAUGGAUCCAACAAACCCCGGACUUUCAUGCAGGAGUCUGGUGUUGGCUUCCCAUCUGAAUGUGAUGUUUUUUUCUACAAAUUACCAUGUGCACUUUUAGCCCAAACAUAACUAUCCGUUCCAGCAUGUUGUCAAGUUUGUUGACAUCUCAGCAUCGGUUGCCAUGUGCUUUUGUUGCCUAAACACAACCCCCCGCAGCGUAAUCCCACCGUGUGCUUGUAUUGACGUCACGGUUGCGCCGUCCAAGAACGUUAAAAGCAGACACCGAAAGAUACCUAGAGCGUAACAUGCAGACGCAGAAGUCCACUGUGAAGCGGCAACAUGUGACAACGGCAACACGUGACUUCUGUGAAUCUGAACCAACCCUUUAAAACGCCAAAGUCACACAACAACACAAAUACACUUAUUGAUUGAAGCAGUGGAAAAACUUGCAGCUCUUUAGUUCAGCGAGGUAAAAUCGCUGUUUUUUG